AUGGUGGCAUGGGGCAUUGUGAUGACACUGAUGGGUUUAGUAAAUUCCUAUGGAAGUCUUAUUGCGUGUCGCCUAUUUUUGGGUGCUUUUGAAGCAGGUCUUUUUCCAGGUGUCAGUUUCUAUCUCUCGAGUUGGUACAAGAGAUGUGAGCUGUUGUGGCGUGUAAGUAUCUUUUUUUCAGCUGCUGCUCUUGCUGGCGCCUUCGGUGGUGUGCUUGCUUAUGGUAUCAGUAAAAUGGGUGGUGUUGGCGGACAAGAAGGUUGGCGUUGGAUCUUUUACCUCGAAGGCAUUGCAACAGUAGUUAUUGGAUCAUUGGCCUUCUUUCUUAUAAACGAUUUUCCUUCUGAUCAACCGAAAUUUCUCACUGAGUCCGAAUGCAAGCGUGUCACAGCUCGAUUACAAAACGAUGCAGGAGCUGGAGCUAACGAGCAGUUCAAAAAUCGACGACGUGAUCGUCUCUAUGGAUCUACACAAUUAUCAGUUACACCUGCAAGUGCGAAUUCAGCGUCAUAUGAAACAGAUGUUCAACAAUCCGAUAUAUGGGAUCUAACCAGCGAAGACGACAAACGACGGUGGGGCUACGCAAAAAUGUCUGAAAAAGAAAUUCGUGAUCUGGGAGACCGACAUGUUGCCUUUCGAUAUAUUCUCUAG